UAGCCUCCCAUGCAGGGAAGCGCCGAGGGCUCCUCCUGGAGCGGGCCGCUCGGCUCCUCUUUCCUUGCCCGCCCUGGUCCUCCUUAGCAAGGCUUGCCCGACGAACCGGCGCUCCCGCCCAGCACGUGGCCUCCGGGCUGCUUCUGGGCUGGGCGGCCAUUAGCCGGCCACGAAUUCCUUGGGAAAGUGGGCCAAAAUCGGCUGAAACCGAGAAGAAGCGACCCGUAACUCUCCUGCCCUGGCGGGCCGGGCCGGGAAGGGGGGCUGCGAGGCAGCGCCCGAGUCUCCGGGGGUCCCGGCGGCGCCCACCACGCCCCGCGGAGGACCGGCGGGCUGGUGGUUCCGUUUGCUGGGCUGAGCUCGGGGGGAAGGGGCGUUGCUGCGGCUGGAGGCUCGUAGGAGAGAAGGCUGAAGACAGCGGAGGGCCCCAGGCGGCUGUCCCGGUUCUGCCUGGACCGUGCCAGGAGGAUGCCAUUGCCCGCUGCACCUUUGACCCGAGGAGGACGGUGGCUGCUGCUGCUGGCUGCGUAGGAGCCGCCUGGCCAGCGAAAGCCAUGGAGCCUCAGUGCCACCCCGGUCAGGAGCAGCUGUAGCUGGGCAAAGUCUGCUGGGUGUGCCAGGCCGUUGCUCUGAUGGGGCUUUCUGCCCACCAGCUUCCCGCAAGGAGCCAGCCGUGGCCGGAGCCAAGAGACUGGUGUGCACCUCCACACCCCCACGCUGGGCCGGUUUGGGAGUAGCUGCCUGGGGGCCGGUUCCAGGGAUCUUCUGACCCAGAGAAAGAAGGGGGUCUCCUCUGCAUCGGUCUGACCCAGUCGAUGCCCACCUGCCUGCCCAGAAGGACGUGGAUUGCUGGGUGUUGGGCCUCCGUGUGAGCCUCCUGCUCAUCAGCCUGGGAAGUGGAGCUGCUCCGGACGGUCACCAGCCCUGCCUCCCAUGGAUGACUGACUCACAGCCCCGGCUGGUGGCUCCCCUUUCCCCCCCCAAGGAUGCCUGCGGGCCGCCUCCCUGCUCCCAGGACUCUGCAGUGAUGGUGCCCCAUCGCCCCCCUGGAAGUGGGCUCCUGCUGCUGCUGCUGUUGCUGCUGUGCCUUCUGGGUGGCCCAGACCGUCUGCCCGCAGCCCAGUCUCUGCCGGGGGCAUCCGGGGGGCCCAGCCCGGGGGCACCUGGGGAUGGCAGUCUGCCCGGCGCUGGGCGGGUGAAGCGUGGCUGGGUCUGGAACCAGUUCUUUGUGGUGGAGGAGUACACAGGCACAGAGCCACUGUACGUGGGGAAGAUUCACUCGGACUCCGACGAGGGGGACGGCUCCAUCAAGUACACCAUCUCCGGGGAGGGGGCCGGCACCAUCUUCCUGAUCGAUGAGCUGACGGGGGACAUUCACGCCACGGAGCGCCUGGAUCGCGAGCGGAAAACCUUCUACACGCUGCGGGCUCAGGCGCGGGACCGCCAGACCAACCGGCUGCUGGAGCCCGAGUCGGAAUUUGUCAUCAAGGUGCAGGACAUCAAUGACAGUGAACCUCGGUUCCUGGGGGGGCCCUACAUCGGGAGCGUGGCCGAGCUCUCCCCCAUUGGGACCUCGGUGAUGCAGGUCAUGGCCUCCGAUGCGGACGACCCCAGCUACGGGAGCAGCGCUCGGGUGGUCUACAGCGUCCUGGAGGGGGAGCGCCACUUCACCGUGGACAGCAAGACCGGUGUGGUUCGGACGGCCGUGGCCAACCUGGACCGGGAGACCCAGGACCGCUACGAGGUGGUAGUCCAGGCCACGGAUAUGGCGGGGCAGCUGGGGGGCCUCUCGGGCUCCACGACCGUCACCAUCAUCAUCACUGACGUCAAUGACAACCCUCCUCGCUUCCCCCAAAAGAUGUACCAGUUCAGCAUGGUGGAAACAGCCCCCGUGGGCACCCUGGUCGGGCGAGUGAGGGCAGAGGAUGCCGAUGUUGGGGAGAACACAGACAUGGCCUACCAGAUCAAGGAGGAGGAGGAGGGGGCCCUGGGACCCUUCCGUGUGGCCACAGACAGCAACACGCAGGAAGCCCUGGUCUUCUUGCAGCAGCCGCUGAACUUCGAGGCCCAGGCCGUGCACACCGUGGUCUUGGAGGCGCUGAAUAAGUUUGCGGACCCCCGCUUUAUGGACCUGGAUACCUUCCGGGACCAGACCAUCGUGCUGGUCUCUGUGCUGGAUGCGGACGAGCCCCCUGAGUUCCGGCCUCCCAGCGGCCGGGUGGAGGUGCAGGAAGACGCGCUGGUGGGCUCCCUGGUGGGGGUGGUCACCGCAGUGGACCCUGAUGUGGCCAGCAGACCCAUUCGGUACGCCCUCGAGCGCCCCGAGGACACAGAGCAGAUUUUUGAUAUCGACGCCAAGACUGGAGCCAUCCUGACCAGGCAGGCCUUGGACCGAGAGACGGCCGGCUGGCACAACAUCACCGUCUUGGCCAUGGAGGCUGACAAUCCUACUCAAGUGUCCAGGACGGUGCUCAGAAUUCGCAUCCUGGACGUCAAUGACAAUCCGCCUGAACUGGCCAUGCCCUACGAAGCUGCCGUCUGCGAGGAUGCCAAGCCAGGAGAGCUGAUCCAGACCAUCAGUGUCGUGGACCGGGACGAGCCGCCGAGCGGCCAUCGCUUCUACUUCAGGCUGGCCCCCGAGGCCCCCGGCAGCCGCCAUUUCUCCUUGCUGGGCAUCACAGAUGACACGGCUGGCCUGCACACUCAGCACCUGGGCUUCAAUCGCCAGGAACAGGACCUGUUUCUGCUACCCAUCCUGGUGGUGGACGGUGGCCCCCCAACCCUCAGCAGCACCGGCACCCUCACCGUCCGAAUUUGCGGCUGCGACGACACCGGCACCAUCCAGUCGUGCAACACCACUGCCUUUGUGGUGUCCCCUUCACUCAGCCCUGGCGCCCUCAUCGCCUUGCUGGUCUGCCUCCUCAUCCUAGUGGUGCUGGUCCUCCUGAUCCUGGCCCUGAAGCGGCAUCAGAAGGGGCACCUGCCCUCCGAGGAGGACGAGGACAUGCGCGACAACGUCAUCAAGUACAACGAUGAGGGUGGGGGCGAGCAGGACACUCAGGCCUACGACAUGUCGGCCCUGCGCAGCCUCUACGAGUUCGGCGAGACCAAGGGGGGGGACGAGAAGGGGGCGCCCCCGCCGCCCUCGGAACGGCAUUCCCUGCCCCAGUGGCGCCAGGCGCCAGACCUGGACUUCUCCCUCUUCAGAGACUACAUCAGCCGCAAAGUGGGGCAGGCGGACGGUGACCCCUCGGUGCCCCCCUACGACUCCUUCCAGACCUACGCCUUCGAGGGGGCCGACUCCCCGCUGGCCUCCCUCAGCUCCAUCGCCUCCCGCUCGACCGGCUCUGAGCAGGACUUCUCCUAUCUCGGCGGCUGGGGCCCCCGCUUCCGGCAGCUGGCCGCACUCUACGCUGGGCCCCAAGCUGAGGGGGGCAGCUGGGAGACCUAGGCCCGGCCCAGCCAGGGGACGCAAUGCCACCGGAGCAGCGCUCCUCGGGGCCCCACAAGUCCCCCCACGGGCCCUCGCCCUCCUCCAGGGGGCUGCCCAGGGACCUUGGGGUCUUGGUGGGAGGGGGGUGGCCUGACCACCAGCACAGCCCCUCGAAGCCCCCUCCUCCGCCACUAUUAAGGCUGUCCCCCUCCCUGGAGGAAGGACCAGUGCCAGGUAGCUCCUCUGGCAAAUUAUCAUUUAAAUGGAUCUGUGU